ACGACCUUUCGAGUCCCGGGCACCGUCGGUCAAGCUGAGCCCUUGACGAUUAUUUAUUUCGGCGCAAAUUAUUUCAAAUCGCCUCAUGCCAAACAGCGUCAUUUUUUUUUAAUUAUAAAAAAAAUAAUAAUAAUUUAAGCGUUGUCGGUGUGGAGUUUGUGUUGCGUGAACUGAGUGUAGAGUAAAACUAGUCGCGGCUGCUCUUGUUUACAUUCGACGCCGUUGCUUUGGCAAUGAGAAGCGUCCAAAAUGGCGUCUUUAUGCCAUGGCACACUCUUUGAAAUCAGAGCACAAGCUCCAGCACCAAGUAAGGAUUAUCAUCAGCUGCUUGUGACAGACUCCGAGGUCAUCUGGAGAUGGUGGAAGAUUUCUCUUCGAAGUGAAUUUCGAAAUGUGUAUCCUGGAGAACAAAAGAACUCCUACCAGGACUUCUUGGAUGAUAACCCCCAACAAGUUCAUGUUGGUGUGAUUUUUGGCAAUGAAGUCCUCAAGUAUGUUUGCAACCUAUGUCAACAUCAGUUUGAUUAUCUCAAUCGCAUUCCUGAAGGCCUGCUCAUGUACAUAAUUUCAUUUUUGGAGCUUGAGGAUAUUGCCAGAUUUUCCCAAACAUCCAGAAAAUUCGAAACGGCUUGCAACUCUGAUAAACUCUGGGAACAUAUUGUUUCAAGGUACUGUGACACCAUAACCCCAGAAAUGAAAGCAUUGGCUUUGGAGGUUGGUUGGAAGGAGAUCUUCUUCACCAACAAACUCCAGCUGCAGAAAAAGAUCCGACGAAGACGACAAAAAGUUGAGGAGUUUGCCGAUUACAUGACGAUUUAAUACCAUGAGUCAUAGACUUAAUGCUGCAAACAAAGCUGUUGGUUAUGCCAGAAAGUUGUUUGCUUCAUUGUCAUUUGUAUUUUCAUUUAGCUUUCUCAAAUAGCACCUAGUGUUUUAAUACAUCAAUUCAUGAUAGACAUAAUUGUUUAGUAAGCGAUUAUAAAUGUGUGACGUAUUGAUGCUGUUUUCUUCAGAUUCACUGGCAAAGAAUUUGGGCAGUGUAGCGCUCAUAUGUCAGGGGAAAAACAGCCUCAAGUCCCCAAAAUAAUCAGCAGGAAGUAUCCGACUCAUCAUAUUGGGUAAGGACAAAGAAAACAGGUUCAUUACCCUUGGCUGAAGCAGGCAUGGGCCCUUUGCAUAGACAAAUAAGGGGCUUCAUGCAUGCUUGAGGUCUCCCCAAAUUGAUUUGACAACCCCACCCAGGACCUUUGACCAUUGAUCUGUCAACCACGAAAUGUCCAACCCACCCAUGAUUCCAGGCCUCUUGUUCCUAUGGUUUGCCACCAGCUACUGCUACUCCAGCUGCUCUCAAGGCUGCCGAUACCCUGGGUAAUGGUCAUGGCAGUGGGUCCGUCCACUGCUGGAGAGUUGAAUGCAACCAUCCCUUGGCCAUUUCUAUGAGCCCUGUCAGGAUUAAAUCCCAAUUAGCCACUCUACUGGCUGCUGUUGGAAUUCCUGGCUCUUGCAGGGGGAUUUUCCCACAGAGUUUCUUCUGCAGGGCAGAUGCCCCGCCAUCCGAGAGCUAACAGCCAAUCUGAGGCUGGCAGCUCCCCAAUAUCGGCAAAGCCAUCAAGAGAAGUGGCCACUGCCGGUACUGCAUUAGGCCCAAGGAUGAGGAUCAUCGCCGGAGCCCUAGUAGGUGGGAUGGGAUUGCUGGGGCUAGUCAGGGGGGCCCUAAAGAGGUGGGAGAGGGGGAUUGGUGUAAAGGGCAGGGUUGUCUUCCCACAGGUCUCUCCCUUGCCACCAACAAAUCCCUUCAUUAAGCGCAGGGUGCCCAAGAAGGAAGGAACCCUGCCCCCAACCAGUAUCUGUCAAGAAGCCACAUAAGAACCUCAGUGGACCUCUGUGCAGGAAGGCUGUUUGUGCCCCAUACUUACUUGAGGGGGAGUUAGGAAGGUGAUGGAUUCUCCAACCCAAGCCUUCCUGCCUCUUUAUACAUCCUGCUCCGCCUGCCAGCCUGCUCUCAGGUGAAACAUUAAACUCCACCCCCUGUAUCCCAACCAAGCCCAUCAAUCCUCCUUGAGGCCGCUUACCUGCGACCCACUGUGGUGAUAUCAGCAAUUGGUUUUCAUUCGCUCCUCCUUCUUGGGCUUCUGCUGCAAUGCCAUCUUCCUUCUCCUGAUGUCUGAUACUCAAUAUCCAGGGGCGUCCUUGGACAUCCAUUCAAGCACAGGGAACAUACCCCAUUAAAGAGGAGUCAUCUAUUUCUCCCACUAAUUUCUGGCCCCUGAAUUGUUACUAAUGUCACAAAAUAGCUUCAAAAUGAAAGUAAGUAGCAUGUUAGGAAAAUCAUAUUUUGAUUUUUACUGUGGAGCCACCAAGAUUUAUUUGUUUUGGUUUAAUACCCACCAAAAUCCAUAUCUCCAGUGCAUGUCACAAUUUUAGAUCUCUUUGGUUUUUACAGUUAUGAAGCAUUUUUGUGAAUUUACUCCAAACCAAAUUUUGUUUUCUUUCUAUUGUGCACUUGCUCAGAGUGACAAUCAUGUCAUUACAAGUACACAAUGGGGGGUUCGAAACAUUUAGAUUUUUGAAGUCCUAAUUGCACAUCCCAAGCUUCCUUCUGUGAUUUGUGAAUAAAUGGCUUUACGCGACUUCAGUUUUCAGGGAUAUGUGAAUACCAUUCUUCAGUUAAUAAACAAUACAAACUGUUUUGGCUCAAUGGGGGUUCACUGUUGAGCUUACAUAUCUUUUUUUAUUUAAUCGUAGUAUUUUGUAACUCUAUUUUCUGCACUUUAAUUCCCCCUCCCUACCUCUUGAAUGCUUGAAUGCUGCUUAUCACCAGUGUAAAAGAUUUCCUUUAUACACCAUUUGUAACAAAUUGUAAAAUAUUCUCUAGAAAUGCAUUUACGAUUUUUCUACAAAUAGCAAUUAGUUGGGUGCAAUGUGGAUCCACAGCUGCUGUAUCUGCUGUUUUUCAAUGGAAAACAGAUUGAAAUGAUGAAAAUGAAACAUUUUUAGAUUUUUUUGUCACAAUCUGAGCUGAAAUAUCUGAUACUUGCAUAAUGUUCUUUUUUAACCUCCAUUUAUGAAUUUAAUCGAGUUAAAGCAAGCAAUUCUAACUGACCAGGCUGGGAACUCACAACCUUUUCUUGGAAAUAAAAUUCUUAGCUAGAGCUAUGGCUCUAACCUUUUUUAACAUAGAGGUUUUUCCUGGGUUUUAAUUCAUUUAAUGUUUUGCAAAGGCGUUUUCAAACUAGAUUUUAACACUAGUUUUAGGCUUUGUUUUAUGGUAGACCCUGCGAUAAUCCAGUCAAGUGAAUGAUCCAUUUAAAUUUUCGCAGCAGCUUGUCAUUCCUCUGGAGCAGUAAAACUAACAGCUGUGUUCAAACCUCAUGAAUACAAACUUGCAAGGACUGAUAAAAUAAUUCUUUAGCUGGAAGGGAUACAUCUCAUUUGGAUGAUUAGAAUAAAGGUUCAGCUCUGGCCUUGUAAAAAGUUUGUAAAAAUGUGAAAUUUAUAAUUGUUUAUUACAAGUUUUUAUUAUAUUGCAUACUAAAAUUAAAUCGUUUGUACUUUUA